CGGACAGCAAUUUCUGGAACGCAGUGAGCGAACCGGGAUUAGCGUUUAAAUAUCAAAGGGAAGGAAAGUACUGCGAUUUACCGACAUACACCGGAUAGAGCAGGAACAAUGGAAACCACAACAAGCCCUGCAAAGGACAACUACAGGAUGAACCGCUACAAGAACAAGGCAUUGAACCUGGAUGAAAUGCGGCGGAGGCGGGAGGAGGAGGGCAUCCAGCUCAGAAAGCAGAAGCGGGAGCAGCAGCUUUUCAAGAGGAGAAAUGUGGAGAUGCUGAAUGAAGAGGCGAGCAUGUUGGACAGUCCAGUGAUGGACUCCUUCUUCAGUUCCCCCACCACAGGGGUGUCAUUUCAGGAAGGGGUCAUCACAAGGGACAUGGUUGAAAUGUUGUUUUCAGAAGAUGUGGAACUCCAGCUUGCUACAACGCAGAAGUUCAGAAAACUCUUGUCAAAGGAGCCCAAUCCUCCCAUCGACGAGGUCAUCAGCACACCCGGGGUUGUGGAGAGGUUUGUGGACUUCCUAAAGAAAAGCAACAACUGCACACUACAGUUCGAGGCAGCCUGGGCAUUGACCAACAUCGCCUCGGGGACAUCCCAUCAGACCAAGAUCGUGAUCGAAGCUGGAGCAGUGCCUAUCUUCAUAGACCUGCUCAACUCCGAUUUCGAAGAUGUGCAGGAACAGGCAGUUUGGGCUCUUGGGAACAUCGCAGGAGACAGUGCCGUAUGCAGGGACUACGUGCUAAAUUGCAACAUCCUCCCACCACUUCUAAUGUUGUUGACCAAGUCCACCCGGCUGACAAUGACCAGGAAUGCAGUGUGGGCGCUGUCCAAUCUGUGCCGGGGGAAGAGUCCACCACCAGACUUUGAGAAGGUGUCACCUUGCUUGCCAGUGCUGUCGCGCUUACUCUUCAGCAGCGACCCAGACCUCUUGGCUGAUGCAUGCUGGGCCCUGUCCUACCUCUCCGAUGGGCCAAACGAGAAGAUCCAAGCAGUCAUUGACUCCGGUGUCUGCCGGCGUCUGGUGGAGCUGCUGAUGCACACGGACCACAAGGUGGCGUCACCAGCUCUUCGAGCAGUGGGGAACAUUGUCACAGGGGAUGACAUCCAGACACAGGUGGUGCUGAACUGCUCCGCCCUACCCUGUCUCCUGCACCUGUUGAGCAGUUCCAAGGAGUCGAUCCGUAAAGAGGCCUGCUGGACCAUUUCCAACAUCACAGCAGGGAAUCGGGCUCAGAUACAGACUGUAAUAGAUGCCAACAUCUUCCCUGUGCUGAUCGACAUCCUGCAGAAGGCAGAGUUCCGCACAAGGAAGGAGGCAGCAUGGGCGAUCACAAAUGCAACGUCAGGUGGUACACCUGAGCAGAUCAGGUACCUGGUGAAUCUGGGCUGCAUCAAGCCCCUGUGUGACCUGCUCACAGUCAUGGAUUCCAAAAUCGUCCAGGUGGCCCUUAAUGGGCUGGAGAACAUCUUGCGUUUGGGGGAGCAUGAAGCGAAGCAGAGUGGCAGUGGUAUCAACCCCUACUGCAGUCUCAUUGAGGAGGCCUACGGUUUAGAUAAGAUUGAGUUCCUGCAGAGCCAUGAGAACCAGGAGAUCUACCAGAAGGCAUUUGACCUCAUUGAGCGCUACUUUGGCGUGGAAGAGGAUGAUGCCAGCCUGGCACCGUCGGUGGAUGAGGCCCAGCAGCAGUUCCUUUUUUCCCAACAGGAGGCACCCAUGGAAGGCUUUCAGCUCUAGUAACCCCAUCGCACCUUCUCUCCACCCAAUCAGAAAAUGUCACACAGCCAGGCCCCGGGAACCGAGAGAUGUUUACCAGCCAGACACGACCCGGAUGAGCACUGCAGGCCCAGCCACUAAGAUAAGAUAAAGUGGACACCACCUUUGUUCCUCAGCUGAAUAUAUGCAUUUAUUUUUAUUUAUUAUUUCUGGGUUAGAAUUUUUUUUGGGUUGGGGGGCUGCAUGAGGUUUAAGCAUUCCAGCAUUAUGAAAACUGUCAUGCUAUCAAGCAUUUUUCCCUUUUUAGUAAACAAAGUAGCAAAGAUAUAUUUUUUUGAACAGCGUCACUUACUAAACAUUCAUAGGAACAUUAAUCAAGACUUUUGAAAAAAGAGCUAAACAUAUGUGUUACACUGAAGCUUUUUUUUUUUUUCCCCCCCUCCCUUUGUAAGAUACCAUGCCUUGCUCCUCUCCCCCCCCCCCAGUACUGUUUUUUUUUCUUUGCUUGAUUUUCUUUUUUCAGUGCUACAAUUAUUAUUCAGGGGCCGGGGUUUCAGGUGAAUCGGGUUAUUUCGGUAGCUCGAAGGAGCUGGUUGUAUAUAUCUCAUAAAUGUCUGACUUUAAAAGGAUAUAAAUAGGUUAGUGACCUGAACUGAGGCUGUAAUAACUAGUGAUAUUUGUUGUGUGCUGUCUUACUAAUAACCAUAAAAACCGAAGGUAUAAAAUCCAUUUCAUAGAUAUUCAUAAAUGGGUACACGUGGGGGGGGGCCCUCACAGCCUUCAAUAAGGAAAAACUAAAGUUCUUUAAUUGAAAUAUAUAUGCAUAUUAGUCUUAAUUGGUUCUGUGGCUAGUUGUGCCCCCCCCAUAUUUUUACCCAGUGUAAAUAAAAUGGCAGUAGUGUGUAAUCCAGGGGCUCUAGUACCCUCCCCACCCCCCACCAACCCCAGCUUUAGUGCGUUGGUCCCUGCAUGGUUUUGCAUAUUACCAGCUGUCACGUGACUCUUUGCUUGGAAAACAUGCGGAGGCGACAGUGACAUCGCCCCACCUACGUAUAUAAGAAAGACUAAUUCCUGUGAGCAGCGAGGCCAAGAGUUUCUCACCUUUAAAUGGGUAAGGAUGACAGACCAUUACUGUGUGGGGUUCUUCUGUUUUUGUUUGCAUUUUCAUUGCAGAAUCACUUAACUAUACUGCUAAAGUAUGAGGCUUCUCAUGUAGCUUGUAGCCUCCAUGUAGGAUAGAGCCGUAGGGAAUAUAUGGGGCUGAGGAAAACCACCUCGAGUGGAAUUGAGCUGUUCACCACUGAAUCCAUUCAUAAUACUCUAGUGGUGGUGCAAUGAAAGAGUUUGAAUGCAGGACACCUGUUGAUUCUUAGUCCAAAAGCAGUGUUGCAUUCAAGCCGUUAUCUGAAUAUGAAUGAAGAACACGGUUGCAUAAGGUAGUUUUAAUGCAAACCACUGCUUUUUUGACUUUUUUUUUUUUUCUUUGCUUAUUCUCCCUUGAUUAAAGCUUUGCCAUAUGUAGUUUUUUUUUUUUUCUCCCUUCUCCUCCCCCCUUCAAUAUAUCAUUUUCCUGUUUUGUCUUGCUGAAGGCAGCCAAGAUUUGGUGAGGGGAAAGUUGUUUUGUGACAGAUAUAACAGAGAAGGAAAAAAAAAAAAAAAAAAAAACUGGGGGGGGGAAUGCACACACCAGUUGUACACACCAGUUGCACACAUGCAUAGGAGACCAGCAGACACAUAACACACUUAUCCUUGCAAGGUUUACACAACACAAAAGAGGAAAAUUGCUUCCAUAAUCUGUCCUCAAAGGGACAUCUUUGCCUGGCUUUUUGUUCUGUUCCUUGUUUAACCUUUAGCUGUCUGUCUGCCCGCCCUUGACCAGUUCUAAGUUCUUUGAUAUAGAUUUGCCUUGACUUUCUGCCAUAUUCUGAGAUUAUUUGACUUCAGGGGAGGGGGGAGAGGUAUUUCGUAUCAGGGAAUUACAAAGGGAAAAAAAUAGGGUUUUUCCUGUACUAAAAAAGGUUUAGUGUAGUGUUCCCAUAGUUACCUCUCAAACUGUGACUGUCUUGGAUUUUGUAUUACAGAGGGAGUGCAGUCCUCAUAUCUCCUGGUAUUAUGGAAGCUUUUUUCUCUACCUCACAACCAUACAGACUCGAGUCAGUGGAUGCUUUGUGAGAUUGAGCAGUUGGGGUCUUUUCUGAGUGGGUGGGACGGGACGGGGUGGACGGUUCAAACACUGGUUGAUGUGACUUUGACUGACGGGAGUUUCGUGUGAAAGGAACUGUCCUGUGCUCUGUUCGCCUCAGAGCUGGUGGCGUUCAUUCUGCAGUCGAUGGGUUCCACACACAAGUCAAACCGGCUGCUGCAUGGACGUGCCUCGUGAGCCAGGGAGCGUACACACCUUCCCUUUUCAGCUUGCCAGUCGAUCGCUUGCAGCUAGACAGUUGAUUUGCUAACCCCUCUUUUCUGUUUGAGUUGCCGAUACCAAACCAAAAUGCUGGUGACCCAGCACUCGCCAGCACCCUGGAGGACAAGUUGAUUCCGUGGGUUAAACGAUCCCAGAAUUCCCUACUGUCAGCCAUAUUGAACCGGCAAGCUCUGGGAUAGAAGUGUUGUCACGAUGCCCUAUGAGCGGCUCUCGGAGAAACUUAAUUAUUUCACAUUGGAAUUUUUUGUAUUACUAUUAGCAGAAACAGUAUUCUAUUUAACAAUGAUUUAAAAAUAGCAGAACCAGAGUUGUACGGCUUUGUAUCCACAGAAGGACUAGUCUGAGGGGUAUAAUUUGGAACAUCAGAGCCUCAGACAAGAUGAAUCACCUGAUUGUUUGUUUGGUACAAGCACAAUGUGUGGUGUCGCUUUCCCUCCAUUUUCUUUUUUAAGCCCCCUCCCCCUUUCAGUGAAAUCCAAAAAUGACACUAUUUGAAUAUGGUAAAUUCAGUUGCACGUUUGCCCUUAUAGUGUGAAGUGUCGGUUUGUUUUUGUUUCGCUUCCCCUUGCCUGGUCCUUCUCCUGGAGCAAAGAGUUCUUCCUGGUCCUGAUUCCAAACCUGCCACCAUGAGCUGAGGUUUCUGUGCUAACUAUGCAAAAUGGGAGUGAGGCUCUUCUACUGUAGCCACCCAUCUAUACUUUUUUUUUU